AUGGCUAAUUUGUCUCGUCUCCUGGUUGCUGGGUCCGUCUGGCCCUCUCAGACCUUUCGGACUGUCCCUUAUCAGCCGCCAAACCUGCACAUCACCAAAGAUGGCACGACUGCACCAGGGGGUCCGCAAAAUAGCUGGGUGGCCGAUUCCCUGUUCUACGAGAUCGACGUCAAAACCAACGAGGUGGUGUAUCGGUGGAGCGCGCUGGAGCAUGUCGACGAGAUUCCCCUCCAAGACUCCCUCUUGCCGUUGGAUGGGUUUGGUGCCAAUAAGACAUAUCCCUGGGGUUACUUUCACAUCAACUCGGUGGACCUGUUUGAUGACGGCGCGUAUCUGAUCUCGUCGCGGUACUACUGCUCCAUCUUCCGGAUCAACCCGAACGGGACGGUCGACUGGCGUCUUCAGGGGAGGGAUGGAGGUGACUUCCGUCUGGGACCGGAAACGAACUUCUGCUACCAGCAUGACGCGCGAAUCCGCUCCUCCUCGCCUGACCAGGUGACGUUCAGUAUCCACAACAACGCCAACUCCCCGAUCGACAACGGCACCCACCCAACCACCGGGCUGGUGCUGACCCUGGAUCUGAAGUCACGAGAGGCCACUGCAGACCGAACGCUGUUGGAUCCCAACGACACCAUAUACAGCGAGUCACAGGGCAACUAUCAAGUCCUGCCAGGCGGACACGUGGUCCUGGCUCACGACCAGAUCCCCAAGAUCAAGGAGUACAAUUCCAUCGGACAGUGCGUCAUGACGGUUCAGUUCGGCGAGGAUAACCAAGUGGCCAGCUACCGGGGGUUUCGCUCCGUAUGGACCGGACGGCCCAAGACACCGCCCGUGGCGUUUGCCUGUGCUGAAAACAACCGGACAAAGGUGUAUAUGAGCUGGAACGGCGCGACAGAGCACCGCCAAUGGCAUGUCUAUGGCGGGACGAGUCCAACUCAGUUGAGGCUCGCCGCGGUGGUCAACAAGACGGGGUUCGAGACCGUCGCCGUCAUUAAUGCCACUAGUUAUGUGCAGGUGACUGCAGAGGAGGACGGGAAGAGCACGAAGUCGUCGGUGGUUUCGGUGGCAUCGACAUGCUAG